UUAAACGGCCGGCCAGUGGGCAGCAGCCGGUCGUGUCUCCACCAUGGGUCUCCGCCGCUCCCUCCUCCUGCUCGGCCUCGCCUGCCACAUCGCCGCCGCCUCCUCCGGCAGCUUCUUCCUCCACCCGCAGCCGCCCCUACCCCUCUUCGAGAGGAGCGAGUCCGAGGAGCCACCGCCACCGCCGGCCCUGCCCGAGCUGGACGGCUGCCAGCGGGCGGUGUUGGGCGAGUUGACGCUGUCCUGCAGUGAUCUUUCGGAAGAGCACCUUUCCAAGCUUGGGAUGGCCUUAUUCAACUGCCGAGCAGCUGCUGAGCACCGUCCAACCUACCCCUGCACUCCGGGCAUGGCACUGUCUGAUUGUACGCAGGGCAUGGAUGCCGCCACGCGUAAAGCCUACCUCAUGGUGAGAAACCAUGCCCGCGCUCUGUGCCACGCCGACCGGCAGCAACACCUCAGGCCACGCGCCGAGACCACCACCAACUGCUCGGCACACGAACCCGCCUGUCUGUUGGAAGUCAUGAACAUCCUGAAGGAUGGGCAAGCGGAGCUGAGAGAGCUGACUGCUGCUUCACUGGAGAAGCUGGUGAACAGCCAGAAGUUGCUGCUACAGCAGCAAGAGCAGCUCGAGGCUUGGCGGCAGGAUGUGGAGUCCUCCAUCAAUGCAAACCUGGAGAAGCUGGCCCAAGGAAGGGCGGUCCCUGCUGGUGGGCACCAGCUGAUUGCCGAGCUGAUUGAGGGCAUCACACUAACUGUGGACAAUGUGAGUGAACAGUUGGUCCACCAGGACCUGCAGCUGCACCAAGGCCAGCAGACAAUUCUAGCCCACCUCUUGGAAGUCGGAGCACGCCUUCAUCAGCUCGAUACCAAGCUGGAGUGGAAGCUGGCCUUGUUUGCUGCCCAUCAGUCCCAGACGGCUGUCCACCACGAGCAGUUGGAGAAGCUGCAGAAGAUGAACGAGACAGUGAGGCAUGUGCUCGGACACUUGGAGCAAGGAGAGAGCCUGAGAAUGAACACACUGCAGCACUUCCUCAACUGGACCGGGAGAGACCUGCAUGUGAUGUACACGUGUGUUGUACACACCAGCUGUUUCCUGGCUGCUGCCAUCAUCAUGACCUUUCUACAAACACCAGGCUUCUCCAGAGCAGUCUUGUUGGUACUAGUCCUGCUAAACGCCCUGUUCCAGCUCAACCAUUGUGCCUCCUUGGACUUGACGAGCCUCAGUGCCUUUCUGACUCUGACUGUGGUUGGUAACUGGAUGCUGAUUAAUUGCUUUGGCUGCCGAAUGAGGACAUCUGUGUGGACUCCUGUUCUCCUGCGUUCCCAGAGGCCAGGGUUCUUCACCUCCACCCCUGAACGAAAGUGUGCAUAUUCUGAAUGGGGAGAGGAAGGUGAGAACAUGGAUCACGACAGCUUGCAAGGCAAGGGGUCGCCGCACGGAACUGCAGGUGCUGGUUUGCAAAAUGAAGACACGGAGUGCUGGAGUAACUCGGCAGGAAACAAUGCUUUGGAAAGCGCGUGUUUUAUCAGAGGUAGCCCGCUAACACCAGCUCCUGUUGAGACCGUGCAGCCCACCACAAAUCCAGUGGCGUAUUCCUUCAAAGUUCCUGCACCUCUAAUGGCCCUCUUACCUCUGCAAAAUCCACCGCCAUUGCCCAACUGUGCUCAAUGGGAAGCUGCUGAGAAAAACACUGUGGGAGAAAACCAUCGCCUCCAACAUCAUACCAGCGUGUUUGAAGCUGAGACCUUUGUUCUUCACGAUUCUGCUGGCAGCACUGGCUCCCUGUCCCGGAGGCUGCCCUGCUGCGGCAUUACCAGGACUGGCCAGCAGUGCCGGAACAAAGCUGCUUCCGGAAGGGAAUUCUGCAGAGUCCACGGCUCGGAGCAGACUCUGGCGUGCAGGUAAAUACGCCUCCACCCGAACCACUGCACCACCUCCAGCUGCUGAAUCUCCAUCUCAUGCUUGGAAGCUGUGCGAUGAGUGGAAUAACUGUGUUACCUGGUGCCCGGAUUGCAUCAUUCACAGACCCCUGUUCCUCUGCAACCGAGCGCAGUAAAGCCAAAGCCAUCAGAUUCCAACGGCAGAACUGAGCUUACCUGAUGGAAAUGGUGGAGCAACUUUCCUGAAAUUGCUGCUGGGAUGAUGGUGAAGGUGGAUCAUCAGCCCAAUUUGUAUGUUCAUUUGAGUGACUAUUUUAAUUACACUUUUGGCCGGUCAGAUUUGACACAUUGAUUGUAUCCAGAAUGCUAAAAGGACACAUUGCUGGAUUCUUCCAGCACUCUGUGUAAACCAGCAUCCACAGUCCCUGGUCUCUACAUCAAGAAUGCUGUUUGUCCUUUUCAAUGCCUCCAUGUCUGCAUUGUCUAAUGUAUUGUGAAGUCCUAUUUUCUCAUUAAUUGCAAGAACCAAUUCAUUAGUCUAUGGGACCCAGCUUAUUGGACCUGGCUCUGUGUAACAGACUUAGCGGAGCUGUCAAUGUAUGGAUUUUGUAUUUUUAGAGACUUCUGCAUAACUGAUCAAUGUUGGUUCUAAUGCACCUCGCCACACGGCUUCACACACCUUAUAGCAUUUGGCUGGGAAUUAAAACCCUAGGUGUGAGUUGAGAUUCCUUGGGCAUUAAGUACGUUUCCUAGUUAGACACAAAGCUGGAGUAACUCAGCGGGACAUCAGUAUCUCUGGGGAGAAGGAAUGGGUGAUGUUUCAGGUCGAGACCCUUCUUCAGACUGAUCUAAACCUAGUUUCAGCUUGUGGUGAAACUGUCUCAGCCAUGAUUCUAAUCUUGUAAUUUUUUAAGUAUUUAAUAAAUGUAUAUAGGUUUUC